AUGGACAAUGUUAAUGAUACAAGGUUAAGAAACUUCAAGUCAAUUUCUCUUCGAAAUUUGUAUUUACCGUCGAGUUCUGGAACCAAUGAAACGAUUAACCAACGACCACGAGAAAGUCCACGAAGAAAUCUGUCAAGAUCAAUCAGUGUAAUGGAUGCUAGCAAUAGCGGUGUUGCAUUGAUGAAUAGGUACGCAGAUGAAUUGCUCGACUCAUUUUUCACUGUUCAUGUACUAAAGAGUCAGACCAGCGAUCUUCAGUUGGUGUAUGUUAGCGAGGUGAUCAAAGAGAACAUGGAACCUGAUUUCAAUGAAAUAACAAUACCACUGUUUGUUAAUAGUGGAAAACUGAAGUUUGUCUUGAAAAUUUGGACAAGGUCAUCAAUUCUUCAAAAAGAGGGCCCGGAGCAUACAUGGAAGCUUUUACACCUUUUAAACAUGGAUUUGAGGAAGCUAAUUUACGUUGGACUGGAGCUUGAAAAGUUGGGAAACAUAUUCCAAACCAAUUCUGUUAUCAUAAAGCUACGUGAAAGAUAUUAUACGUUGCCCGAGUGUUUAGUAACGGUCCCAGAAGAUAUCAAGAAGAACCACGUUGACAACGGGCACAAACCAUUCAACUCUUCAUAUUCUGUUGAUUCCAUUAGGGCCAUAUGUAAUUUGACGAAAUCAGUUAAAGAGUUGUCAUUCUCAAAACUCAAGCUUUCGAGCCAAAUAUCUCAGCUCAUAGGGAAAUGGGUAGAUCCUUCCAACCUAAGCAAUGUCACAUUUAACCUACCGCAGGCUCAAUCUCGAAAUAAAACACUAGAAGCAUAUAUUUCGAAGCAAGAAGCAGCAAACGACCAUUUGGCAUCAAGAAUUUCCUCAAUAUCCGUCAAAAUCACGGAAUGGUCGAAGUUGAAUUCAGAUAUUGAUACAGUUUUUGAAAAUCUACAGCUGAAGAUCAAAAGUAUAGAAGCACACAUUGUUCCCAUAGAAGAGGACAUGAAAACGGUUCUUUUUCCUUCACUAGCCAAAAGGCUUCUGGAGAUGACAAAUGCAAUCCAAGAGAUGAUUACAAUCGGUAAUAUUGACAAUUCAUUUCGUCUCACUAUAAUGGGCCUUGAAUUUCCUCAGAAUAUUAGGGAAUUGCUUGAUAUAUGCUAUUAUAAUCACGAACAUUUGAUAAAUUUUAAUGCAGACGAUAUAGAUAUCGAUAUAACGCCUCAAGAAGAGCACAGCUAUAAAAUUGAACAAAUCAAUGCAGGGUUAGCAUAUAUCAUCCAGCUUAUUGAAGCAGUAGCAUUCAUUACAAUGUCACAUUUGAAGUAUAAAAUGAUCUCUAAUGGGAAUCAAAGUUUUAUAGUCGACACCGUUUGCUUUGAUGAUGAAUCAAGAGAGCAGAGUACGUUGUAUGCUGGUGUAGAAUCAGAUGGCCAAGGUAUGAGAUUCCCACUUUAUUACGAUCCAAAUCAGGUGGAAAAAGUAUCUUCUUUGCAAAAAGGUUCUUCUAUUGGAGAACAUGUGUUAAUGAACAGGCCCUUUGAACAUGGGUUACGACUUCUUAAUCGUAACUUGAUUUACUUAAUAAAUAAUGUGACUGACAUUUACAAUUCAGUUAUUCCUGACAUUAAAGACCGAUAUCAAGUGUCAACGAAUAUUCCCCCAGAUUGUUUAGACAACUUCUUGUGGAACUUACAGUAUUUGACCUUAUUUAUCACUGCACCAAGUAACUGUUGUGGUAAGAUGGAUUAG